UGGCUGUGCAUCAUUGCCUUAUUACCGUGUUGUCAUUGGGCAUUGCCCUCUCAGUUACGAAUGGGCUUGAAUGUCCUCCACCAAAAUUUGUGGAUGGUGUGGCAACAGAAAUAUCCCUUGAGAAACAUCCCGUUACUGGCGAAGUUACAGAGUUAUGCAAAGCCCUUCCUAAAAGUUGGGGAAAUGUCUUAGACCUCGUAAACUGGGCGGCAGAAGAAAACACCAAGGUUUUUGUUAGGGGGAAACGCCAUUUUGAAAGAAGGAAGCGAUCGUUGAAAGAAGAAGAGGGGCCCGAAGCCGUAUCCUGAUGGUUUCUCCGAUGGAAUUUGCGACUAAAAUUAAUGUCAAUAGAGCAGAGAGUACGGUUAAAUUCGAAUCUGGCGCUACCUUAGGGGAAUUGCUGUCCUCGCUGGCUGAUCACCAACUGGGCCUCUUUUCCGUUCCAAACAUUCACAACGUAACGAUGGGGGGUCUUCUGGCUGGCACCGGGGGUCAUGGGGAUACCUCCGCCGGGACGAGUGGAACGAUUUCGAACCUCAUUAUGGAACUGAAUUUUAUCGGGUAUAACCCCACCUCAGGGAAAUAUGAGAUGAUGACUCUAGCUCGGAACACUUCUGCCGCUGAAAUCUCCCCCCUUUUAGGAGGCCACGAAGGACGAACUUUCAUAAUCUCGGCCACCAUUUAUGUAUACCCAGAAGCUUACGAAAUGCGAAAUAGACACGUCGACACCUCCGCAGGAUUUAGCUCCAUGCAUCAUUUAACCUUGAUAACGAGUGAGGAUAAGGUUACCCUUAUUAAGGACCGAAUCGAGGCCAUUUAUAGGGAAAAGUUUGCAGAUAAAUGUAGCCCAGGGAGCAAACUGUUGAUCAGAGUGACCCCGAUUGAUGAUGGAGUGCACCAUGAGGCCCCCGCCCUCUCCAUGGCUAGAGGGGAUGAGGGACAUCCCGACUAUGCUAAAACGAUCUGGGUUGAAGUACUCACCCCUGAAGGAGAAGAGCCCGAGUGUAUGGGCCAAGUGCUAGAUGGGAUGAAGCACAUGGUGGAGGAUGAGUUUAAGGAUGUAGCUCUUACUAGAGAGUUGGGGCGGGAUUUUGAAAGGGCCAGCGCCACGUUUGACAAAUAUGAUCCGUAUGGGGUUUUUAAUUUUGAAGAUCUGUAAGAACUAAG